CUUCCAUUACUGUCUUCACGUAUGAGAUUGAUUUCAGUGAAGCGGAAUCCAUUGGCCCUGACAUUCUGAUCCGGAAUUAUCAUGAGCCGUCUUCUCCAAAGCCCAGGCCGGAGGAGAUUCAAUGAUGAUGGCGACCAUGAGGAUCCCCUUCUUCACGGCAACAGAGACAGCUCUGACGAUGAUGUCGAGUUGGCCGAUCUUGGGCUAGAUGGCCGGGAGCGCACUCCUGUAAAUCACUACAAACGACAAGACGAACCAUCAAAAAGGGGUGUAGAAUGGUACUGGAUUGCAUCCGCGCUGACAGUGUGCGUCGCCGGCUUCACGCUCAACACGGAAGCAACAGCCUACUUCGAAGACGUACUGGACUGGAAGAAGCCAUUCGCAACCCUAUAUCUCACCCACGGCUCCUUGGUCUUACCCUGGGUCUGCCACAUCUUCUAUCUCCGCUGGAAGAACCGCUCUACACCCUACAGGUCCUGGGUCCGCGAUUACAACAACACGCUCCGCUCCUCCAUCUCCACAAUUGAUGCUUUUGCUACCUCCGGGCCCUCUCUCAUCUUGAAGCGCCGCGGCCAGCAAGGCGGUCCUCUGGACUACCUAGCUGCGACAAUGGCCAUUGUGACCGUCGUCCUGACCAUCAGCGGCGUGUCGUGGUUUACCUCGCUAUCCCUGACCACGCCAGCGGACCUGACAGCCAUCUACAACUGCGCCACCUUCUUCGCGGCUGCAUUCUCCGUCCCCAUUCUCAAGGAGAAACUUGGCCGCCUCAGCAUUCUCGCUGUUGCACUUUCCAUCGGCGGCACAUUCACAAUUGCCUAUGGAGACACUACCGCCGAACACGCGGAGUCCACAAUCGGCGCCAGCAGGUUCCUCGGCAACAUCAUCGCAUGUGCGGGCGCAGUGGCGUUCGGCCUGUAUGAGGUGCUGUUCAAAAAGUGGGCGUGUUCGUCGCGGCCUGAGACGCAGGAGUCUAGUGUACCGCUGACGUUGGCUGCGUCGGCGUUGACGGGGUUCUACACGCUGGGCGUGCUGUGGAUUGCGUUUCCCAUCUUGCAUAUAUUUGGCAUCGAGGAGUUUGCUUUGCCGAGCUUGCAUGCGCUGUUGUGGAUCGUUAUUGCGGUGUUGUCUGCGGCGGUCUCCAUCACUUUGCUCGCGAUACUAGUCGUGUGGACAGAUCCUGUGUUUGGAUCCAUGGCGAAUGUCCUGAGCGUGUUCUUUGUAGCAUUGGCGGACUGGUACGUCUGGGGCCUCAGUCCGUCUUCAGCGACGUAUAUUGGCGGCGCGCUCAUCUUAGUUGCGUUCGGAAUGCUGACAUAUGAUACUUUGGGGAAGGAAAAGGAGAAGGAUUAAGCUCUGAGCGUGAAGCACGGGUAGUGGUGUAUAUAUAUUGCAUAGAGCAAGUGACAUAGAACUGUGAAUACCAACGGCUCUAGAAGUAUUCAGCUAUAUGAGAAAUUCUGUCACAACGAGAAAUUGUACGUCAUUCG